GAUUCAGGUCGACUUUAUUUCUAUGACAAUGGUGAUUUUCGUUAUAUCUGUCACAUACGUGAUUAUUUUACUCGGUAUUCUUGGGCCCGGGUAUUAACAAGCAAGCGACCAAUUAAGUGCUAUUUAAUUAACCCUAGCUACGCAAUAUAG